AUGUACUCCGUGCUUUCUAAGUCAUGGAUUGUGUGGCUCAUCGGCCGAGCCCAGCUCGACGCUUACCGAGUCGAGUUUAGUGGGGCGUUCCUUUUGGGAUGGAGCAAGGUUGCGAAAACUUUACCAUACCCGUUGGACAAGAGGACAGCUCUGGGGUUGAGUGGGACGGGUGCUCAGCGAUGGAUGGGUGAUGAUGAUGCAGUUUGUUGGUUUGGUGAGGUCAUGGCGGUGCAUUCGACAUGGGGCCGUUAG